GCCCCUUAUAUCGAGUUAUGAGCUGUCACUCGGUUACCCUCCUCACCAGCACUGUACACACUGCAGAGAGGCUCUUCCGGUCACUCUGCAUGUGCGUCCCGACCGCGUGUCUCUGUCCUGUGGCUGUGAAGAAGAAGGAGAAGACUGUCCUGCGUAACGGAUUUUCUGCGGGACUGGACUUGUGAAGACUUCCUCCUUUUUUUCUCCCUCCUCGGGUCUUCAGAGAGCGACUGAAGCUCCAUGACUCUCCACUGUGAGGGCCAAUACGCAUCCAGGCUCCUGUAGUUUAUGAUCCUGUCAUGAUGGUGGGGUCACAGUGGCUUUCCCAGCAUGCCUCUGGAGCAGCGUUCAGCAGAAGGAGCCUCAUCGUAGUUCUACCUCUGACCUUGUUGGUGGCGUCAGUGCGAGUCGGCGGGCAGCUCAUAGGAAGCCCUCUGGACUGCCACAAGACGUGCGUCUGUGCCAGCAACAUCGUCAGCUGCUCCAAGAUGAACCUGACACACGUUCCCCUCGCCCUCCCUCGAUACACCGCCAUCCUUGACCUCAGCUUCAACUCCAUCACCAGACUUCACGCUGAGUGGACCCCCGUCAAACUCAUGAGGCUGGACAGUCUGCUGCUCAGCCACAACGGUCUCGUUUUCCUCUCCUCUGAGGCAUUUGUCCACGUGAGCAGGCUGCGUUCCCUGGACCUCUCCUCUAACGGUCUACGUCAGCUGGAUGAGUACAUAUUCGAACCGCUGGAGUAUCUGGAGGUGCUGCUGCUCUACAACAACCGCAUCUCUCAGAUCGACCGCACUGCCUUCUCUGGCCUCCUCAACCUGCAGAGGCUCUACCUGAGCCAGAACCAGAUCUCACGCUUCCCCAUGGAGCUGGUGAAGGAGCGUGGCCGACUGGAAACUCUCAGACUGUUGGACGUGUCCUCCAACCGGAUCAAAUCCCUCCCCCUCCAGGAGCUCCAGGCUCUGCCCGCCUGGAUCAACAACGGCCUGUACUUCCACAACAACCCUCUGCCUUGCAGCUGUGAGCUGUAUGACAUGUUGGCAAGAUGGCACCUGAAGGAGCUCAGCUCUGCCACCGACUACAGGAGCAGCCUCACCUGUCUGCUACCAGGAGCACAGAAAGAGAAACUGGCCGUUCUGGAUCUGGACAAAGUCUAUUUGAACUGCAGUGAGGUCAGAGUGAUGGAGGAGAAAGCAUAUCUGGAACAGUUCCUGGUUCUGGACUGUGACACCAGAGAGAGGGACAUGAAGAAGAGCUGGGAGCUACCUGGAAACAUCCCAGUGAGCCCAGAUCACAAGACGGUCAUGGUGCGUUCAGACAGCAGCCUGCAGAUUGGGCCCCUGAAGGUGGAGGACUCAGGGGUCUACACCUGUUUAGCCACCAGUGACACCUUCAAUGAGACACUUUAUGUAACUGUGCUGGUGUUUAAUUCCACCUCAAGCGGUGGACUGGAGAACUUGAAAACUGCCUACACUACCCUCGUAGCAUGUUUGGUGAGUGUGGUGAUGGUUCUCAUCUACCUCUACCUCACACCCUGCCGCUGCCCCUGUUGUCCAGAUCAGGGUCUGGAGAAAACCGACCCCACAGACAGCCUCCAUUCUUCUACUGUCAGCAUCUCUCAGGCUCACGAGGAGAUGGAGCAGCAGGAGAGAGUAAAAGGCGGAGGAUUCUCCUACAGACAAGUGCCCUUCCUGCAACCCAAGGACCAGCUGGAGCAGAACGGCCGGUUAAACCCAAUAGGUGAGGAAGACGAGGAGUGGCAGGGGGACAGCAGGGAGAGGAGGAGGUCAGAUGCAGAGUCUGUCAGCUCUGUGUGCUCAGACACACCUAUGGUGGUGUAAAAAAAAAACAAGAGGCACAGCCCAAAGAGCAAGUGAUGGCUCGGUUCAAGUGAAAAUUGAUGCUUUGAAUGUGUGCAAUAUUCAAAAGUUAGCAUCUUCCAAACAAAGUUCAAACUGUUGACUUGUUGUAGCAUGAAGUGUUUUCAAAAAAAGAUAUCAGCAGUGAUAAAAUCAUUCAAAUACAAAUCAAACAAUGUGAUAAUGCCUAGGCCUGAACUCACAUUCUCCUGUGAUUUUAAAAUAUUUAAUGAAUGAAUCUAGAUUAGUUGUCUCACAGGUUUGAAUUUAUUACUCUGCUAAAAGUUUAAGUUUAAGUCUAAAAGGAAAUUAAGGUUAUUUUUUGGAACGUGUCAAUGCUACGUUCUGGCUUGCCCUGCAAGAAACUGCUAUGCAAGAAGCUAGAAAUAUUAGAAAUGUUAGGAGUGUUUUAAAAAAAAAAAGAAAUAGCUACCCUAACAGUAAUUACUCCACAAACAGCAUGAAAACAUUUCCUAUAGGGCUUCACUCUGAGAACAGCUACAGAGCAUUUUUUAUAGCACAGGGGAACAUUAGUUCUUAAGAUGUUGGACGAUGCUGCUCCUGCUUGAAAGAUAAAUUGAUUUUUAUGCAGAGCUUGCAAAGCUCAUUUAAUCAUUGCUAGAACAUGUUGAAUAUUUAUGCUGUCUUUACAGUCCUGUUUGGUAUGUUGGCCUUCACUGUAAGGAUUUGAAUGCAAUUUCAGUGAUUUACAUUAUUUUAGGAUGAAGUGGGAUUAAAUGCUCAUGAUGAACAUCAUGUUUGCAGUAGUUUACCUUCUGUUGAAAUGCUGCUUUGACACUAUACAGGUCAAUUUGAAGUCAGGAUUCAGGAUAAUGAGAUGAUAUCAAUACAUUUUACUUUGACUAUAAUUCUCUCAAAUCAGAUUCUGAGGAAGUCUCAUUUCUAUCAAAUCUACUUGUUUCUCCAUACCAAGAUGAUCAUGUUUAAAGAAUCAUUUCAGAUAAACCUGACUACAUACAGUGUUGUGGCAGUUUUUCACAUCACAAUGACCACAUUAACAAUGCAAGCAAUACUGAAAACUGAUACCUGGUUGUUUGUACUACAACCAUCGACUACCAUGAGACAGAUAUCGUCUAAGCCUGUAAGUCUCAUUAUUCUUCAUCCAGUUUCUCCAGUCAUGGAGAAUCGUUUUCCUCUAAUUGUUGGAUAAAACUUCUUACAUCAUGAAUACAACACAUCUGCUAAGUAUUUCAAGCCUACUAUUAACUUAUGCCUGUUUAUUUUAGUGGGGGCAUCUGUUUUCAGUGUCAUAAGGUAGACUUAAUCCUUAUAACUUAAUAACUGAUCAUUACCUUAGGGUCUGCAGAGAUAACAAUGUUUCUUUUUCAGACCAAAUUGUAAUCUAAUACAAAAUUUGUCACUGAGUACAAAUGAUUAAAAAAAAUAAAGCUGCUAUAUUUUUCAGAUUACAAUGAUAAGUUUGGUGUGAGAUACAGAUUGUCAUCUUGCCUGUUCACCCUGUUAUAGCGGACAGGAUGCAUCACCCAGGGGAAACAACAGGGAGCAGGCAUCGUCUAUUUGAGUCCUUCUGGGCAUUAGUGCCCAACCCAGCUAAUCAGAAAAUGCCAGCAGGCAGACUCGCAAACAGUCAGAAAUAG